CAUGCCCGCGCUGUCCGCAGGCUCGGGGAGCGACACAGGUCUGUAUGAGCUGCUGGCAGCUCUGCCAGCCCAGCUGCAGCCACAUGUGGACAGCCAGGAAGACCUGACCUUCCUCUGGGAUGUGUUUGGUGAGAAAAGCCUGCAUUCACUAGUCAAGAUUCACGAGAAGCUUCACUACUACGAGGAGCAGAAUCCCACACCCGUCCUCCAGGCUGCGGCAGCCUUAGCUGGUGACCUGGCGGAGGAGCUUCAGAACAAGCCAUUAAACAGUGAGAUCAGAGAGCUGUUGAAACUACUGUCAAAACCCAAUGUGAAGGCUUUGCUCUCCGUCCAUGAUGCUGUGGCUCUGAAGAACUAUGGUCCCGUGUUGCCUCCUGAGCCUGACGAUAUUGAUGAGGAGGAAGACUCGGUGAAAAUCAUCCGCCUGGUCAAACACAGAGAACCGCUGGGAGCUACCAUUAAGAAAGAUGAGCAGACCGGGGCCAUCGUUGUGGCCAGAAUCAUGAGAGGAGGAGCCGCAGACAGAAGUGGUCUUAUUCACGUUGGCGAUGAACUUAGGGAAGUGAAUGGGAUACCUGUCGAGGAUAAAAGCCCUGAGGAAAUCAUUCAGAUCUUGGCUCAGUCUCAGGGUGCAAUCACAUUCAAGAUCAUACCCAGCACCAAGGAGGAGACACCAUCAAAGGAGGGCAAGAUGUUUAUCAAAGCCCUCUUUGACUAUGACGCUUAUGAGGAUAAAGCCAUUCCAUGUAAGGAAGCCGGGCUUUCUUUCAAAAAGGGAGAUAUUCUUCAGAUUAUGAGCCAGGAUGAUGCAACGUGGUGGCAGGCAAAGCACGAAGGAGAUGCCAAUCCCAGAGCAGGCUUGAUUCCCUCAAAGCAUUUCCAGGAAAGGAGACUGGCUCUGAGACGACCAGAAAUAUUAGUCCAGCACCUGAAAGUUUCCAACAGGAAAUCAUCUGGUUUUAGAAGAAGUUUCCGUCUUAGUAGAAAAGAUAAGAAAACAAACAAAUCCAUGUAUGAAUGCAGGAAGAGUGACCAGUACGACACAGCCGAUGUGCCCACUUAUGAGGAGGUGACACCCUAUCGACGGCAGAUGAAUGAGAACUACAGACUCGUGGUCUUGGUUGGUCCUGUAGGAGUAGGUUUGAAUGAACUGAAACGAAAGCUGCUGAUCAGUGACACACAGCACUACGGCGUGACGGUGCCCCACACCACCAGACCAAGAAGAAGCCAGGAGAGUGAUGGUGUUGAAUAUGUCUUCAUUUCCAAGCAUUUGUUUGAGACCGAUGUACAAAAUAACAAGUUUAUUGAAUAUGGUGAAUAUAAAAACAACUAUUACGGCACAAGUAUAGACUCAGUUCGGUCUGUGCUAGCUAAGAACAAAGUUUGUUUGUUGGACGUUCAGCCUCAUACAGUGAAGCACUUAAGGACACUAGAAUUUAAGCCCUAUGUGAUAUUUAUAAAGCCUCCAUCAGUAGAGCGUUUGAGGGAGACAAGAAAAAAUGCAAAGAUUAUUUCAAGCAGAGAUGACCAAGGUGCUGCAAAGCCCUUUACGGAAGAAGACUUUCAAGAAAUGAUUCAAUCUGCCCAGAUAAUGGAAAGUCAAUAUGGUCAUCUUUUUGACAAAACUAUAGUAAAUGAUGAUCUCGCCAUGGCAUUCACCUUAUUUCAAGCACAGUGUUUGAGUUUAAGGUCCAGAGUCAAAAUCUGCACAGCACUGUAUUCUGAGCAAAGCUUUGAGACUUUUGGUUGUCUUGACUGUGUAGCUCUAUCUCCAACAAGGGGUUGAACUUUUUAGAGAGACAUAGCUGGAGAAUGUACACGGGAGUUCAGUGCUUCAGCUGCUCUCUGACGUCGUCACUGCCUUGGAGUUUGCAUGUCAGCCGCUGCAUACGUUCAGCUCACAGUCUUCAGGAGUUCCAGACAUCAUCAUAGCGGCGCCUGGGCCGGCAGUAAGGCUGAGUCCUCUUACUAUUCUGCAAGUGCACCCUUUUUCUUACGUAGACACAAUACAUUCACAGUUACAGUUUGAGAAGGCCUCAUGAGUGCAUAUAUCAGUGACUCAACAAAUGUUUAAUAAGGGAAGAUGGGCUUUUAAAAAUUAUUUAUGAAACUAAAAACCUUUCUUUAUGGCUUAAGACUGGUGAUAUCCUGGGGCAAGUAAGAUUACAAAGGACAUUUUUAUUUGUAAAUCCUCAGACAACAUUUCUGGACUCACCAGAAAUUCUGGAGCCAGUUAUCUCGCUUUGGAUUUUCCCAAUAAAUUAUAAGAAUGAUUCCUAUUCUAAAAGUAGGUUUUACAUGUUACUGAUACAGUUAAAGAAAAUGUGAUCAUUUUUCAAAUGUGUGCAGUUGAUCACAAUAUAUUUAAAUUGCACUAUAAGAUAUAUUUUAGAAAACUUUUCAUGUAAUGUUAACUUAUUUCUUUGUCAUCAAAAUAUUUCUUAACACUGGCCAGAUACCAUCCUAAUCUUGCCAUUUUUAAAGAAGUUUAAGAAAGACUCUUUUGUUGUAAAUAUUUAGAUGGUAUCUCUCAUUUUUCUUUAAUGCUACUCAUCUUCAGUGAGUAAAUUUUAUAGCUCAAAAUACCAGAAAUGUCCAUAGUUGUAUAAGAGAACAUGUCCUCCCAUUCUUGCAUGCCGUAAGACCCUGUCAAUCAGAAAUCAUUGCAUCUGUGACUUUCAAACAGAAAAAACAAUAUUUUUUGUUGAUUUGUAAAGAGAGCUUAGAUGUCCUGUUUAAAGAAAAAUAGUGUAGUGAAAUUUUAUAUAUUUAUGAAAUAUUUGAAAGGCAUAUUUUUUUAAUUAUCAAAUGAGGCUAUUCAUUAAAUAAAUUGUAUGUAAAGAUGUCAUAAUUUAAGAUAGUGGUUUUAUAAGUCAGGGUCAACAUUCCAUGUAAAUAUUUGACCUUUAUUCAUAUGCAGAUCCACAAGUGUGUUCUGUGUGCACAUUUGAUAGUAUCACUCACUGAGUUUCCUUCAGACGUGUCAAAUUUCAUACCUUGAUACACACUCACAGCUAAAUAGUUAGAUAACCAGACAUUGUUACUUGACAGCAUAAUCCAAACAGCAAGUUCUAAGUUAAUUAACUAAAUAGCAAGCAAUUUAGUUUUAAAAGGGGUUGGUGGGUUGCCAGAUCUAAUACUGAAGCCAUACUUUAUAGUUGUGUGGCUGGUCUAAGAAAGUACAUAUCUUCCUUAGGUGGUUUGUGUAGAAUAUUCUCUUUGAACAUUGACUGAAAUUUCCGAAACAUUAGGACUUCCUAGGAAAUGAUUUAUAAUUUAGGCAGUCCAAAUUCUUUGUUCAGAAAUAAUACAUGAUUUGCUUUUGGUUUUGUUUUUUUUCAUUUACAGACAGUUGCCUCAGUUCUUUCCUGCGGAGGUAGAGAUAGUGUAACAUGGUAGAAACGGAGUCCUUUUUGGUGGUGGUGGUGGAGGUGUUAUAGAAAUAUAAUUGUCCAGCCUUUCGCCCUUUUUACACGAGAGCUGGGCAGUAUUUUUUUUAAUAAUGAAAAGAGGCACUUCAGCAAUUUGAAAAAUCUUUCAUCAGGUAAUAUACAUACGUGGUCUUGCAAGUGACGUUUACAUGGCCACCUUGAUGCUUAGAAAGAGAUUUGGUUAAAAUUUAAUGCAGCAGGGCCAACUCCAUGGCCUUUGAUUAAUGUUGCAAAGGGCCCUUGAUUCUGUACUUUACGCAUCCUCAGCUCCCUCUGUAGCAAGGACAGACUAGUUCUUUAGGCAGCUUGCUUCUGAGACAGUGUCAGCCACUAUUUGAGAGAACAGGAAUAUUGUUUUUUGUAAGUCCAUAUAUUUAAAAUCCAAGAUCAAGAAGAUAAUUCUAUGUUCCCAUCAUUAACAUACUGGAAUCUUUUUUUUUUACCAUUAUUUUACUUACCAAUAUAGACAUUAUCGAUAUCUUUAAGGCUGACCUUCCUGGUAUUAUGUAAUGAUUGAAUAUAUCUAAAUUGUAAUAAUUUAAAAUUGACAAACAUGUGAAACGAAAUUAUGUUGUUAAAAGUUUCCUGAAGAUAUAGAUUUUUAUUAUUUAUUUUUUUGACUAGUAAGAGUUUAUAAAUGAAAGUAAUGGAAAACCUUUGAGCUUAAUAAAGUAUCUUCAAAUUAUGUGUGUACUCUCUUGAAGAUGGCUCUUGCACUUGCUAUCUACUUCACUGUUUCCAGUGGUGGAAAAAAUUGGUUUUUUAAUGACACCAAGUGAUAUAUUUGAACUGGCUCUGUCUAAAAUUAAAUUUCAUAUGUGUUUCAAACAUUAAUCGGUUUC